GGGAAUCGACGUUAAGGUAUUUAAGGAGCUUAAGAAGAGAGAGAUUGGGCUAUACUUUCUUUUGAGUUUUCUUUAAAUUAUCAUAAUUUUAAGUUUGACUCUUCGUCUAGUAGAGGACAAGGCAACAUGUAUGAGGUUGUUCUCACCAUUCACAAUAAUAUCUUCCUUCUUUCGAGUUCUUCUGUAUCUACAAAUGGUUGGCCUUGUUGGUAAAAGAAAUGCCGGAGAGGGAGAGAGAGAGAGAGAGAGAGAGAGAGUAUUCUAGUAUAUUUCAAAUACUCAUUCAAAGGAAAGAGAUCGACUAUAUCUUCUUUGUUUAUUGGAAUGAGUUGGCGUCAGAGGAAAAUGGUUUGAAAUAGAGAAAAUAAUAUUGAGAAAGUGAAUGUUGGGCUUUUGGCAUGAUGGACGGGGAAAGAGAGUUAAGAGAGUGACAAAAUGUUAGGGAUAGAGGCCUCUUUAAUCAUGUCAUUCUUCUCUUCCUCCAUUACUCUCUUCUUCCUUAAACUUCCUCUUUUUCUUUUCUUCUCUUCUUCAUCCUUUCUUGGGAAUGUUGGUUGCAGUAUUAGAUGGGUGUGGGUUAAUAAUAAACACCGGUAGAAUUGUAAUUUGAGAAUUUCCCUUAAUACAAUUAGUUUUUCACUUUGGUCCAAAAAUUCAAGUGGUUUGUAAGUUGAUUUCCAAAAAUGGGGACCUAAUAUGUCAUUGGACCUAACUACAAAAGGUAGAACAUACUAAUCCUCUAAGUUAGUAAGGGACAGACCUGACUUGGUCCGCUGGUGUCAUUUCCUAUGGGGCAUGAUUCUAAACUAUUGUUUUCUCAAAAUAAACUAUCCAUGACCACAAAAACCACCCACUCAAAUUGCACAUGCCCCGACUGCACAGAGACAUCAUAAAAUUUCAUCAAUGACAUAAAAACCUUUGUAAUUUGUGUUGUGUACACAUAACGUGUGCCAUGAAUUCUAAGAUCUUGGUGUAUAUGUUAAUUACAUCAAAUAUCCCUCACUUUUUAGAUAUUAUAUAACGAACCCUUGAGUUUUGUGGUUCAAAAAACUCCAUCCUUCCUACUAACUAUAUGGAACCCCGGGCAUUGCAGCAAUUACAUAAAAACGCCUAAAUUUUGGAUGAUGUAACAUAAACAUCCCCUCAACAACCGUUUAAGUUGAGAUUGACAAAGAAUUAAAUUUCCAAACAUACACACAACAUCUGUCAUGAGUACACAAGCCUAGCAAUUUUAGAUUAGAACAACCCACACGAACCCAAAAUACAAUAAAUACAGAAUUAAUGGAUUUGGGUUUAGCAUUCAGGUGCCACAAAAUAUAUGCGACUGAGCUCAACUAAAUACAACACGAAUUCACUAUUCACCGUUUACACAGGGCUUGAACCCUAGAGUGCACCUAUAGAGAUUAUAGCAAAACAGAGACUAACGCUUAACAAACUAUCGCACGUUUGUACAACUCUAUCAAUUAACAGGAAAGAAGAUAGUAUGGAAGAGGCGUACGUUUAGGAAUGGAGAGACAAUGAAGUAAAAUCAGAGAAAUGGAGACCACUCGCCUACUCUCCCGCUUUCUCUGUGGGAACAAUGCGCACCUCACUCUCACAAUCUGCUUUCCUUUUGACUUCAAUUUUGUCAAGUGCGAAGUGGGGAAUAUCGAAUUGCAGAGGACAGUGCUAAAUUGCACAGCGGUGGUUGUUAUCGCCAUUGCACACAGAGCAUACUACACCUUCCGUUUCUCUCGCCUAGACACAGACAGAGAAAGCUUGAGAGUGGUUAGAGUCAGAGUAAAAGUAACAGAGAACCCUGCCGACCAGCUUGUAGCCAUGCUUAACUCUAAUAGAACUGCACAUAAUUCAUCAUCAGCUCUCUACAGCAAUCCGGGCCUGGCAUGCAUAGCUUUGCAGUACCUAAAAGAGUACCAAGGUAAUUGCGAUGAAGUGGGAGGGCCCAAUGCCAAAAAGCCUGCUGAUUCUGAAAUUGCUGAAAGUUUUGCUCCAACCUGUGGCGUUCAGGCUUCCACCCUUUCACCAAUCACUGGCCGUUUUCUUGGAUGCCAGUCCAAAUAUGUCAAGCCUUCCGAUGCGUUCUCAGAAAUACUGAUGAAAAAUAGCAAGAGCUUGGAUAUACUCUACAGUAAAAAUCACACUGAGGUGGGUGCUGCAGUGAGUGGCUCUGAUGGUGGCGCCCCCUAUUUCUGGUGUGUUCUGUUCAGCAACGGCAAACCCCCCAACAGCAGCUUUGUUUUGGAGGGAGGUGUGGCUAAAGUAACUAGACCUGGCUGCUUUAGUGGAGCCAAUGAUGAUUGCAGUGGUGUUGAUGCUUGGUCUCGCACUCCUCUCUGGCCAAUUGCUGUUGGAGCUCUGAUUGCUGUGGGUUAUGCUUUGGGGAUAUGA